UGACCUCCAGUGUUUUCCUGGCCCAGAUCCAAGGCAGCUGGAUGCUUUUUGCCAUUCUGAUGGUAGAUGAUGAGACAGGCAAGCAUGGAUUUCAGCACUCCAUCUGUGUUUGAUCAGCAAAAAGGUGAUUCAUCUGAGGAAGUUGACCUGACCAUGGUUUAUCAGGCAGCAUCUAAUGGAGAUGUCAAUGCUCUGACUUCGGUGAUUCGGGAAGACCCCUCCAUCCUAGAAUGCUGUGACAGUGAAGGAUGUACACCCUUGAUGCAUGCAGUUUCUGGACGUCAAGUGGACACAGUGAAGCUGCUGUUGAAGAUGGGAGCCAAUAUUAACAUGCAGGACGCUUAUGGCCGUACAAGUCUAUGCCUGGCAACCUAUCUGGGUUGGCUGGAAGGCUGUGUGAGUCUGCUCAGAAAUGGUGCCAAGCACAAUAUCCCAGAUAAAAAUGGCCGUCUGCCACUGCAUGCUGCCACUGCUGAGCCUGAUGUGAGGCUCCUAACAGUCUUGGUGCAACAGUCAAAUCUCAGCGAGAUUAAUCACCAGGACAAUGAGGGAAUGACACCACUCCACUGGGCAGCUUUCCACAACCAGCCUCAACACACCCAAAUGCUGCUGAAGAAGGGGGCAGACCCCACCCUUGUGGAUAAAGACUUUAAAACGGCUCUCCACUGGGCAGUCCAGAGUGGAAAUAGAAUUCUGUGUUCGAUCAUUCUGAGCCAUCACCAGGGUCCGUCCAUAAUCAACUAUGACGAUGAGAGUGGGAAGACAUGUGUGCACAUCGCUGCAGCAGCAGGUUUCAGCGACAUUAUUAACGAACUGGCGAGAGUCCCUGAGUGUAACCUGCAGGCUCUGGAUGUGGACGACAGGACACCUCUGCACUGGGCCGCAGCUGCAGGGAAGGCAGACUGUGUGCAGUCACUGCUGGAUUUGGGCAUGGACAGCAACCUGCGCGACAUCAAUGAGAGCACGCCCCUGGCCUACGCCCUGUACUGCGGCCACACGGCCUGCGUCCAACUCCUCUCCCGAGAGAGCAGAACAGAGCCUUCUCGACCCCUUCCUUCCGAGAACAGUAGACCCCAGAAGAAGGAGGGUCGGUUCAGCAUGCUCAACCAAAUCUUCUGCAAAAACAAAAAAGAAGAGCCGAGGGCUUAUCAGAAGGAUCACAGCAGGGACCGACUCAGCGGGGAGCACACCUCAGAAGUCGAUGACAUCAUCACCACCUUUGACAGCGUCGUGGAUACCAACUGCCAAGAACGGCCUGGUGAUCAGGUGGCUAUGGUUGACUUUAAGAAGAGGACCUCAGAGAAUUCAAAAUAUCUCUUGCCAGAAAAGAAGCCUCUGGCUCGUAAAGGGCUUCCACCAAUCAGAACGCAGAGUCUCCCACCCAUCACUAUGGGCAAUAACUUCCUGACAACCUCCCAGGGGGCCGCUUCCCAUGCUGGCCUAAGCUCUGGUACUCAUCACAUGGCCCAGCGAUCUCAGAAAAGCCGAAGCGAGCAGGAUUUAUUGAAUAACAGAACUGGCUGCCAGGCAUUGCUAGAUAACCCCUGGAGAGGUGAUUCUAACCAGGCGUUCUAUAAAGCUUGGACUGUGUCUUCUUCAGGUAAGCUGCUAGACAGAUUGCUCACUAGCAGAUCCAGUCACCAGGAGGUCUCAGGGCCACCACAUCUUCCUUAUCUACAUCAUCCUUCACCAGGACAAAAUUUUCAGCAUCUCUCCUCAAACAGACCCAAAAUCAGGGAUCUUCCUUUCACCCGGAACAACCUAGCUCCCCUACCAGACCAAAAAUUUCUAUCUGGAGAACCUCUACGGACAAACCGAGUGCUUCCUGCUAUUCCAAGCCAACGGGGGCACAGCACACCAGCUGAAGAAAGUGAAAACUCUGCCAGUCCCACCAAUGGUGAAAAUUAACUGUGGGUUGCUGACUGCAGAAAUAUAUUCAAUCUGUAUUUUCACUGUCAAAGGAUGAGAUUACUCUAGUUUGUAAGAACAAAGACUAAUUUAGUAAAUUGCAUUCUAUAAGCCAUUCACAGUUUUAUAACUCAAAAUUCUUUAUUCCAAAUAAAGACAUUUCCCAAAUUAGCACUUAGAAACUUUGUGAAUAUAUUGUCAGUUUGUGAGUUUCUGUGACCUCUACAUGCCGAAACAAAAAGUCAGAAUAUGUUAUCAGCAGGGAAACUUAGCUGUUUGGUUUGCUUUGUGGCAUGUUUGCCAAUCUUUUUUUUUUUUUUUUGGCUGAGUGAUUUUGCGUUUAAAAAAAGGUAUGCUUUGCUGAAU